AUGGGGUUCGAUAAUUUCAUGCUCUAUGUCGACGAGAGUAUUACAGGUGUUCUCAGCGAUUGGGAUAUUUAUUCGACCUUAAUUGUCACGGUUUUAAUCGGCUUUUUUACUUACACAGUGCUAACAUCUCGCGAUCCGGAUUCACAUCCUAUGCUCUUAGCCCGUCAAUCACAAGCAUCACCAGUCAGACAAGAAGGACAGUCUGCCAUCUUCAGAAAUCAUACUUCCCCUCAUGGCAUACCCCUCAACUCAGGACUCAACGUUAAAGACCCUGGUGACUCGAAAUGGACCCCAGGACGUAAUGGAGAUUUGAGAGAUAUAUGGCGCAAGGCAGUCACUGGAGCUAUCGAUAGAGAAGGAAAGGAGACAGGAGAAAUUGGUAACCUUAUGACAAUAUAUGGCUCCGAUAAACUCGUCACUCACAAGCUUGCCGAUGUUACUCGCCAAAUCAACUUGAUUGGCCAACACAUCAAACAAAAUGGAGGAGCCAACAUUGCCAUUUACCUACCAAACUCUAUCGAAUACCUCGCAAUAUUGUUCGCUUGUGCCUUCUACGACCUUAGUGCGGUACUUUUACCAUAUGACGAGUCUCCCGAAAGCUUAAUAAAAUUGAUACAAAAGUCUAAAGCGGAUACAGUCAUUGCUGCUGUCGGCUCUUUCCCCUUUGAUGUGGUGACCAAGUCCUAUCCAGCUUUGCAGCAAAUGAUAUGGGUGGUGGAUGAUGGUAGCAAGCAUAUGGACUGGAAUGAAAUACCGAAAGGCACUGGUGGAGCGGUAAAUGUUUCUACCUGGCAUGAAAUUCUCCAGGAUCAGGAAGCUCAUGCAGGAUCUGAGCUGCCUGUGAUUGACAAGAAUGGCAAGGAACCUAACAAAGUUGUUGUAUUCUGGCCUAAUGGAGAACUCGUUGAAUAUACGCAAUCAGUAUUGGUGGCUGGAGUAUCGGGCCAACUAUCCUCUAUACCCACGGUUCAGCGGGUUACAUCGAAAGAUCUCUUCCUCUCUGCGGAACCACUCUCCAAGAUCUAUCCUUUAGUCUUAACUCUUUCAGCACUUUACUCGAACGCUUCCAUAGCAUUAACGUCGGUUGCUACCAAAGAUCCUGAUCUCGUCCUAGCAACGAAGGGUACAUCUCCUACGAUUGUUGUUGCCUCUUCCACCACUCUUGCAAAGCUUCAUGCCGAAACUAAGGAUAACCUAACUUCACCACUCUAUCAAGUCAUUCACUGGUUCCAAACUCGAUCUUUAGUACAGCAGGGUGUUAUGCCUCUCGCCACCGUCUUCUCCCGUAUGUACGAUCACCUUCGUCCAAUCAUUGGCACAUCGCCUGGCAAACUUCGCCUAAUCUACGUUUCCGAACCCAUUGGCGCUCCUUCAACACCUUUGAGCGCUGAAAUGCUCUCGGAUCUGCGUAUCUACACAGGCUCCAGAAUCAUCUACGCUCUUACAGCGUCAAAGGUCGCAGGUGCUGUAUCGCAAACUGGUAUUUACGAUUACAGAGUAGACGAUGGUUCGGAGAAAUACUCGCACUUCGGAGCGCCUCCACCAUCCGUUGAAGUUUUUUUGAAAGAUACCAAGGAGUAUCAGACUUCUGAUACAUCUUCCGUUGGAGAGAUCAUAGUAAGAGGCCCCGCCGUCGUAGGAGAAGAAGCGGACUUGGGUAUUGCAGGAAAGAUAAAACCAGAUCACACGCUUGCUCUACUCUCAUGA